GCUCGCUACUUGGAAAUCACCAAAACCCGCUAGCUCUCCUCCUACAAAGGACCCCCAGCAGCCCAACAAGGCACAGCGUCUGAUCGAUCGGACGCGUGCUCAGCUCUCUGCGCACUCUGUUUCGCUGCUCCCCUCUUCGUUAGCUCGUUUGCGGCAGGUCUUCUGAACCUCAGAGAACCGACCGACUGAGGCCGAGCAAAUGGCUGGUGGCAGUGGCAGUGAGCUCCUCUCCAGGAUCGCCACCGGCGACGGCCACGGCGAGAACUCGUCCUACUUCGACGGGUGGAAGGCCUACGACAUGAACCCUUUCGACCUGGACCACAACCGCGACGGCGUCAUCCAGAUGGGCCUCGCCGAGAACCAACUGUCGCUGGACCUGAUCGAGGAGUGGAGCCUGAACCACCCGGAGGCGUCCAUCUGCACGGCGCAGGGCGCCUCCCAGUUCCGGAGGAUCGCCAACUUCCAGGACUACCACGGCCUGCCGGAGUUCAGAGAGGCGAUGGCCAAGUUCAUGGGGCAGGUGAGGGGCGGGAAGGUGACGUUCGACCCCGACCGCGUCGUGAUGAGCGGCGGAGCAACCGGCGCGCAGGACACGCUCGCCUUCUGCCUCGCGGACCCCGGCGACGCCUACCUCGUGCCGACGCCGUACUACGCAGCUUUCGACCGCGACUGUUGCUGGAGGUCAGGGAUCAAGCUGCUGCCGAUCGAGUGCCACAGCUCCAACGGCUUCGCGCUCACCAGGGAGGCGCUCGUGUCGGCGUACGAGGGCGCGCGGGGCCAGGGCAUCCGCGUCAAGGGUAUCCUCAUCACCAACCCCUCCAACCCGCUGGGCACAAUCAUGGGCCGCGACACGCUGGCGAUGCUCGCCGAGUUCGCCACGGAGCACCGCGUCCACCUCAUCUGCGACGAGAUCUACGCGGGGUCCGUGUUCGCCAAGCCGGACUUCGUGAGCAUCGCCGAGGUCGUGGAGCGCGACGUCCCCGGGUGCAACCGCGACCUCAUCCACAUCGCCUACAGCCUCUCCAAGGACUUCGGCCUCCCGGGGUUCCGCGUCGGCAUCAUCUACUCCUACAACGACGCUGUCGUGGCGUGCGCGCGCAAGAUGUCCAGCUUCGGUCUCGUCUCCUCCCAGACGCAGUACUUCCUGGCGAGGAUGCUCUCGGACACGGACUUCAUGGCCCGGUUCCUCGCCGAGAGCAAGCGGCGGCUGGCGGCGCGGCACGAGCGCUUCACCUCGGGCCUCCGCGACGUCGGCAUCGGCUGCCUGCCCGGGAACGCGGGGCUCUUCUCGUGGAUGGACCUGCGGGGCAUGCUGCGGGACAAGACGCCCGAGGCGGAGCUGGAGCUGUGGCGGGUGAUCAUACACAAGGUGAAGCUGAACGUGUCGCCCGGCACGUCGUUCCACUGCGGCGAGCCCGGGUGGUUCCGCGUCUGCCACGCCAACAUGGACGACGAGACAAUGGAGGUCGCGCUUGGCCGCAUCCGCAGCUUCGUGCAGCAGCAGAAGCAGAAGGCCAAGGCCAAGAGCUGGGCCGCAAGGGGACGCCUCCACCUCAGCCUGCCGCGCCGAGGAGGUGCCGUCGCUUCGCACCUCGCGCUCUCCAGCCCAUUGGCGUUGAUGUCGCCGCAGUCACCGAUGGUUCACGCUAGCUAAUCACCGGGCAUUCAUUCGGUAACGGACGGUUGGCAGGGUGUGCCGUACCUGGCGUACAUCCUUUUUUGCGAUCACAUUGCGUACAAGUCUAUGUGAUCGUUUGCCAGAAGAUUAGACAGGCAUGCAGGGGCGUAUAGCUAGUUUUCGCAUAGACGUUGUACAGGCGUCGGGUGUCGGUGGGUAAAGCAGGACGUACCCAUUUAUUGUCCUCACUCCUCAGUUUUUUUCGUAUCGUAUAUAUAUGGUUUGGUUUGACGUUAGUAGCAAGCAUGUGACAGAAUAAUGAUCGGAAAUGGAUACUGAGUCCUCCCGAUCAAUUGUUGUAAACUUGUGACGGAAGCUGUACCAUAACACAAGUGUGUAUAAUAGAUCAUUUUGCCAAUUACCAUAAGUUAUCCAUCGAGUUAUUCCUA